AUGGCAGACGUACAACGAAAAGAUCCAAUGACGGAAGCACCUCCUUCAACAGCACCGAAGCGCAAAGCACCAGACUCCACCCCCACCACUAUCAACUUCACAUCGCGCAAUCCGCCCUGGACCUACCUCAAACUCCAACUCAUCCCCCAACCAGACACACCAUCUCUACAACCCCUCGACCCCCUCUCCGCCCGCACAUACCUCUCCUCCGCACUAUCCCAAUUCCUCGGGCUAACAGGAACCGCAAUUCCAAUCGACAUCCUCAAGAUUGAAAAUAAGGGCAGCUCCGCGAACGGCACUACCAAAUACGAUGCUGUCUGGGUGCGUGUUCCCCGCGAUGACGGCGCUGCAGUCGUUGCGGCGAUCAGUUCGUGGAUUGGGGGGAGUGGGAGCGGGUCUGGUGCUGCGUGGAGAGUCUGCGCGAAGGGGAAUUAUCUAGGCGCGUUGGUUUCUGGGUCUGGGAGGGACUUGUUCGUUCCUUGA